GUAUCCUCCACCAUGAGCUCCUACAGAUCCUCCGCUCAGACCUCCUCCUACCGCCGCACCUUCGGUCAUGGCAACCCCGCCUCGUCUUCCCUCAACCGCUCCCUGUUGGGCCACGGCGGCGUCGGCGGGGGGGGCCAGGUCAUCUCCAGGGUCUACGAGUCGACCCGCACCAGCUCCGCCCCGGGUUACUGCAUCUCCUCCGGGUACGGCCGACCUCUGGUGACCUCCCGGGCCUCCGCGGGGCGAUCCUACGCCGGCAUGGGGGAGACGCUGAACUUCAGCCUGGCGGACGCCGUCAACCGGGAGUUCCUGAGCACGCGCACCAACGAGAAGGCCGAGCUGCAGCACCUGAACGACCGCUUCGCCAGCUUCAUCGAGAAGGUCCGUUUCCUGGAGCAGCAGAACCAGGUGCUGACGGUGGAGGUGGAGCGCCUGCGGGGCCGCGAGCCCACCCGCAUCGCCGACCUGUACGAGGAGGAGUUGGACGAGCUGCGGAGGCAGAUGGAGAUCAUGAGUAAUCAGAGGUCACGCAUAGAGGUGGAGCGGGACAACCUGGCGGAUGACCUGGACAAGCUCAAGCUCAGACUGCAGGAGGAGAUUCUUCAGAAAGAAGAAGCAGAGAACAACCUCGCUGCGUUCAAAGCGGACGUGGACGCCGCCACCCUGGCCCGUCUGGACCUGGAGAGACGCGUGGAGACGCUGCAGGAGGAGGUCGCCUUCCUGAAGAAGAUCCACGCGGAGGAGAUCCGGGAGCUGCAGGCCCAGAUGCAGGAGAGUCAGGUCCAGAUCCAGAUGGACUUGUCCAAGCCGGACCUGACGGCGGCGCUGCGAGACAUCCGGGCGCAGUACGAGGGGAUCGCCGCCAAGAACAUCACCGAGGCCGAGGAGUGGUACAAGUCCAAGGUGUUGGACCUGAACCAGGCGGUGAGUAAGAACAACGAGGCCCUGAAUCAGGCCCGCCAGGAGACCAUGGAGUUCAGGCACCAGAUCCAGGCCUACACCUGCGAGAUCGACUCUCUCAAAGGCACCAACGAGUCCCUGAUGAGGCAGAUGCGGGACAUGGAGGACCGGCACGGACGCGAGGCCACCGGCUUCCAGGACACCAUCGCCCGGCUGGAGGCGGACAUCGCAAACAUGAAGGACGAGAUGGCGCGCCACCUCCGCGAGUACCAGGACCUGCUCAAUGUCAAGAUGGCGCUGGACGUGGAGAUCGCCACCUACAGGAAGCUGCUGGAAGGGGAGGAGAGCAGGAUUGCACUGCCUUUGCAGACUUGUUCCACCCUGAGUUUCCGAGAAAGCAACCCUGAACACCACCACCGCUCCUCCGAGCUGCAUUCAAAGAAAACCGUCGUUAUCAAGACUGUGGAGACCCGCGAGGGAGAGGUCGUCAGCGACUGACGCAGCAGCAGCGGAGCAUCAAAUGACGACCUGCAGGAGACGAGAGGAGACGGGAAGACAACUGUCCUGUCUGGGCUGGCUACAAAUGCACAAAUAAAUAAACAACGAGACUUUCAAAUGCUUCA